GCCGAAGCUUUAUCAACUGACGCUCCAGAGAUCCUCCGCGAUCACCCAUGCCAUCUAUGGCAACUUCAGUGCACCAAAAGCCCAGGAGAUCGUCUGCGCGCGGUACAAGACCUUGGAGCUUCUCAGGCCCGACGAUAGUGGAAAGGUCCAGAGCAUUCUUGCAGUG